AUGGGAAAUUGUAGUCACUCACCAUUCAUCGCAUAUUACACCGCGUCUCGGUUUUUGACAGCUCACGGGGGCAUCUCAAGCAGCGGUGAAAAGGUGCGCUUAGACUUCUGACAUGACGCUGUAUCGUAUUGGUCACUAUGUUCCCAACAUGUACCUCAUAUCUCCCAGGCACAGUGUGUCAACGGGGCUUGGCUGCAGGUGCAGCCUUUCGCCAUGAGAUGUGCGAUUUUCAGUGGGCAUGUAACUUCACGUCCCUCAUUCACUUCCUCGUCUCCACCCCGAAACUUCACUCGAACAGCUUUCACCGGCAUUGGGACAUGAUGGGUCGCCUAGGCAGCAACGAUUUGUCGCUUCUUCGUACUUAUAGACGACAAAUCGCCAGAGUUCUUCUGAUCCUUACGUUAUUUCACCUACUUUCUUCUUUACACCACCACCGCUCCCAAGACCCUGCGAUGGAGAGGGAGUCUACGCCUUUCUGGGCCACGUACCGCCUACGAAGCCCUGUGGAAUGCUGCUAUAACACCCAUUUCCACCAGUUGUUCUGCAAGCACAUCAUCGCCACACCAACGAUCGAACCAUGCGCCAGCAACUGCCUUAUGCCCACGCUGGCACCUCAGCCGACCCCAGAGCCUGAUAAAGUUACUACGAAUCUUGUCGACGAAGAAUUCCUGUGCCCAAAAUGCGUGGAAGAAGGAGGAGGAUCUGCCCACACCUACGUUCUGCGUAAUCUGAAUUUACGCAUCCAAAAGCUCGUCAUGCGGCAUUGCUACAAGUACGAAGAGGCUACGAUCUUGAAGUUUCAAGAAUCGCCGACGCCUGACACCCAAACAACACCGCUUUCCGGACGCAUUCUACCCUGCUUGCACAUCCAGCACGGUGUACCUUCACCAUACCACAUCCUCGAAUGCGGACACACGGUGAAGGUGCUACCUGGUGACCCUGCCGGUUGUGCCUGUAACUGUGCGGGCCCAGAAACGGAAUGCGAUGGAGUGUUUGAGUGCGCCGCAUGCCUCGCCACGGGUAUUCCGAUCGACCCCGUCCACGGUUACCGUGUGCCACGCAACUAACUGCAGUGCUCGCUGUGAAAACAUCCUCCUUGCGAAUACUCCACCAGCCGGCAAGUUCGAUUGCAAGAAGUGCAUAUACGAGAUGGAAUGCGCAAUGGCAGGGGUGGAAACGAUGGAUAUCUAGUGCGUAGAUGGCGGCUCAGAGUUGCGAGUCAUGUCCACAAUGCGGUAAUGUCAAUUCUCUUGCUUCAUCGACCAGUUGCCUUUUAUGAAAGUCCUACUCGUUUGAGAGAAUAAGUCGGAUCACGUGACGCACCGCUAAAAUCCAGAGCGCGUCCAAUUUACUAUGAAGCCUAAUCAUCCCUUGAAGCCAAAAUGCGCAGUACAUGUUUGCAAAGGAACUCUUGAAAG